AUGUUCGACAUUUGGCGUUUGGAGCAAGUGGGAAGGUGGUCGGGGACUAGACAAAGAUAUCCAGGCACUCUCCUCCACCGUCCUCGUGGUACAACACAUCGUGUGCAGCCUAGAGACAAAGUAAACGUCUUGCGAACACGCGAGAAAUUCACCUUUAUGCGGACGUUCUCCGCCCACCCUCGUGUUGGCCCACCAUCAUCCAAAUGCACCCUUGGCCAACGUCCUCCACUACCCUCGAUACUCUCGCCGCCCUCGCAACCGUAUAAAUGUCCCAUUGAGCACCUAAGGACACGAUCUGGCGUCUCGGGGCUCGAACAUGUCUUGGCUCCCUUUGUGAGCUACUUCCAGUGGGCUAUCUCCACCGGUGGGUGCGAGUGCGAGUCUGCGCCAUCGUCUCAGAGUGCAUAUCACACCUUCCAUUCUAGUCAUCUGCCGCCUCUGCCGCCGAUGUUCGUGUUCGACUUCGAUCUUGAUAAGUUCUUCGUGUUCGUGUACAUGUUAUAA